GGGCGGUGACGUGUAGGCCGGCGCCCGCUACACUCUGUCCCUCCUCGCCGGGUCCGUGGGUCUGUCUGUCUCGCUGAUGGUCCUCGCACGCAGUUCCCUGUGACUGGGCGCGACCCCGGCAAGCGCGGCGUGGAGGGCUGACAGGGCGCGGCGGUACAGCUGCCCGCCCGCAUCUUUGGCCCUGCCCUCAGCACCUCACCCGGCGUGGGAAGUUAAAGUAAAACCGAAAGGGAAGGAGGCGCGGUGGCAGGAGCUGACAGAGUGAAGGGAAACGCGUGAGCCGGGCUGAGAGUUUCAGGUUUCUUCUUGUAUGGAUCACUGAUUGAAUAAUAGAUGGCUUUACCUCGUCUCACAGGAGCCUUGCGUUCCUUUUCAAAUGUCACCAAGCAGGAUAAUUAUAAUGAAGAAGUGGCUGACUUAAAGAUAAAACGAUCUAAACUUCAUGAACAAGGUUUAGAUUUGGGCCUGACAUGGAAGAAGAUAAUAAAAUUUUUGAAUGAAAAACUGGAGAAGAGUAAAAUGCAAAGUAUAAAUGAAGACUUAAAAGAUAUAUUACAUGCUGCAAAACAGAUAGUUGGAACUGAUAAUGGCAGAGAAGCAAUUGAAAGUGGGGCUGCAUUUCUCUUCAUGACAUUUCACUUGAAGGACUCUGUUGGUCACAAGGAAACAAAGGCUAUCAAACAGAUGUUUGGCCCCUUUCCAUCAUCAUCUGCCACUGCAGCUUGUAAUGCUACUAAUCGAAUUAUUUCUCACUUUAGUCAAGAUGAUCUUACUGCUCUUGUGCAGGUGACAGAAAAAGAACAUGGAGAUAGGGUUUUUUUUGGUAAAAAUUUAGCGUUUUCAUUUGACAUGCAUGAUUUGGACCACUUUGACGAACUGCCAAUAAAUGGUGAAACUCAGAAAACUAUAAGCCUAGAUUACAAGAAGUUUCUGAAUGAACAUCUCCAGGAGGCUUGCACCCCAGAACUCAAGCCUGUGGAAAAAACAAAUGGCUCCUUUUUGUGGUGUGAAGUUGAAAAGUACUUAAAUUCAACUUUGAAGGAAAUGACUGAAGUGCCAAGAGUAGAAGAUCUUUGCUGUACUUUGUAUGAUAUGCUUGCUUCUAUUAAAAGUGGUGAUGAACUUCAGGAUGAGCUAUUUGAACUGCUGGGACCUGAAGGACUUGAACUUAUUGAGAAACUCCUCCAGAACAGAAUUACAAUUGUGGAUAGAUUUCUUAAUUCUUCAAAUGAUCAUAGGUUUCAGGUUCUUCAAGACAAUUGUAAAAAAAUUUUAGGAGAAAAUGCUAAACCCAAUUAUGGUUGUCAAGUCACUAUUCAGUCUGAACAAGAAAAGCAGUUAAUGAAACAAUAUCGCCGUGAAGAAAAAAGAAUUGCCAGACGAGAAAAAAAGGCUGGAGAAGAUUUAGAAGUUUCAGAAGGACUUACGUGCUUUGAUCCUAAGGAAUUGCGGAUACAGAGAGAGCAGGCACUUCUGAAUGCUAGAAGUGUUCCAAUUCUGAGCAGGCAGAGAGAUGCAGACAUUGAAAAAAUACAUUAUCCCCACGUGUAUGAUUCCCAGGCGGAAGCCAUGAAAACAUCAGCAUUUAUUGCUGGUGCAAAGAUGAUUUUGCCAGAAGGAAUCCAAAGAGAAAAUAACAAGCUUUAUGAAGAAGUAAGGAUUCCCUACAGCGAACCAAUGCCACUCAGCUUUGAGGAAAAGCCAGUUUAUAUCCAAGACUUAGAUGAGAUUGGACAGCUGGCUUUUAAAGGAAUGAAGAGACUCAAUAGAAUCCAGUCAAUAGUGUUUGAGACUGCCUACAACACCAAUGAGAACAUGCUGAUUUGUGCCCCUACAGGAGCUGGAAAAACCAACAUUGCAAUGCUUACGGUCUUGCACGAAAUUCGCCAACAUUUUCAACAAGGUGUUAUCAAAAAGAAUGAAUUUAAGAUUGUAUAUGUUGCUCCAAUGAAAGCCUUGGCAGCUGAAAUGACAAAUUACUUCAGCAGACGUCUAGAGCCACUAGGCAUCGUUGUGAAAGAAUUGACUGGUGACAUGCAGUUGUCAAAAAGUGAAAUUUUACGAACUCAGAUGCUUGUGACCACACCGGAAAAAUGGGAUGUAGUGACAAGAAAGAGUGUUGGAGAUGUAGCUCUUUCCCAGAUUGUAAAGCUCCUUAUUCUUGAUGAAGUUCAUUUGCUGCAUGAAGAUAGAGGACCAGUAUUAGAAAGCAUAGUUGCCCGUACUUUACGGCAGGUUGAAUCCACACAGAGUAUGAUAAGGAUUCUUGGACUGUCUGCAACUUUACCUAACUACCUUGACGUUGCCACAUUUUUACAUGUUAAUCCAUACAUUGGACUUUUCUUCUUUGAUGGGCGUUUUCGACCAGUACCUCUUGGACAGACAUUUUUGGGGAUUAAAUGUACAAAUAAGAUGCAGCAGUUGAAUAACAUGGAUGAAGUAUGUUAUGAAAAUGUUUUGAAGCAAGUAAAGGCUGGACACCAGGUGAUGGUGUUUGUACAUGCUCGAAAUGCCACUGUAAGAACAGCUAUGUCUCUAAUAGAAAGAGCAAAAAAUUGUGGCCAUAUUCCCUUCUUUUCUCCUACCCAAGGACAUGACUAUGUACUUGCAGAAAAACAGGUGCAAAGGUCGAGAAAUAAGCAAGUACGAGAAUUAUUCCCAGAUGGUUUUAGUAUUCAUCAUGCAGGAAUGCUUCGGCAGGACAGAAAUUUAGUUGAAAACUUGUUUUCUAAUGGGCAUAUCAAAGUCCUAGUGUGUACAGCUACAUUAGCCUGGGGUGUCAAUCUUCCCGCCCAUGCUGUUAUUAUUAAGGGAACACAAAUAUAUGCUGCAAAAAGAGGCUCCUUUGUUGACCUUGGAAUUUUAGAUGUCAUGCAGAUAUUUGGUCGAGCUGGACGACCACAAUUUGACAAAUUUGGGGAAGGAAUCAUUAUAACAACGCAUGAUAAACUCAGCCAUUACCUCACUUUGCUCACCCAACGAAACCCAAUUGAGAGUCAGUUUCUGGAAAGCCUUGCAGAUAACCUAAAUGCAGAGAUUGCUCUGGGAACAGUUACUAAUGUGGAAGAAGCAGUGAAGUGGAUAAGUUACACUUAUCUUUAUGUACGGAUGAGAGCAAAUCCAUUAGCAUAUGGCAUCAGUCACAAGGCUUAUCAGAUUGACCCAACAUUAAGAAAGCAUCGAGAACAGUUGGUCAUUGAAGUUGGACGAAAACUAGACAAAGCUCAGAUGAUUCGUUUUGAGGAGCGAACUGGAUAUUUUUCCUCAACUGAUUUGGGUAGAACUGCCAGCCAUUACUAUAUUAAAUACAACACCAUUGAGACCUUUAAUGAACUCUUUGAUGCUCACAAAACAGAAGGUGAUAUCUUUGCCAUAGUCUCCAAAGCAGAAGAAUUUGAUCAAAUUAAGGUCAGAGAAGAGGAAAUAGAGGAGUUAGAUGCCUUAUUAAACAAUUUUUGUGAACUCUCCACUCCUGGAGGUGUAGAGAAUAGUUAUGGGAAAAUAAACAUCUUACUUCAAACUUAUAUCAGCCGAGGAGAAAUGGACAGUUUCUCCCUUAUAUCAGAUUCUGCGUAUGUUGCACAGAAUGCAGCUAGAAUUGUCCGUGCUCUUUUUGAAAUUGCUCUGAGGAAACGUUGGCCUGCUAUGACCUACAGGCUCCUGAAUCUUAGUAAAGUCAUUGACAAGAGGCUUUGGGGUUGGGCUAGCCCUUUGAGACAAUUUUCAGUCCUACCACCACACAUCCUAACAAGAUUAGAAGAAAAAAAGCUUACUGUGGAUAAGCUGAAAGACAUGAGGAAAGACGAAAUAGGUCACAUUUUGCAUCAUGUGAAUAUUGGACUGAAAGUCAAACAAUGUGUUCAUCAGAUUCCUUCUGUUAUGAUGGAAGCAUCCAUUCAGCCCAUCACAAGGACUGUCCUCCGAGUGACACUGAGCAUCUAUCCUGAUUUCACUUGGAAUGAUCAGGUACAUGGGACAGUGGGAGAACCUUGGUGGAUUUGGGUAGAAGAUCCUACAAAUGAUCAUAUUUAUCAUUCAGAGUAUUUUCUAGCUCUAAAAAAACAAGUCAUUAGCAAAGAAGCUCAACUACUGGUGUUUACAAUCCCUAUUUUUGAGCCUUUGCCUUCCCAAUACUACAUCCGAGCAGUGUCUGAUAGAUGGUUGGGUGCUGAGGCAGUAUGUAUUAUCAACUUUCAGCAUCUAAUUCUACCAGAGAGACAUCCUCCUCAUACAGAAUUACUGGAUCUUCAGCCUUUACCAAUCACAGCUUUGGGAUGUAAAGCUUAUGAAGCCCUGUACAACUUCAGCCACUUUAACCCUGUACAGACACAAAUAUUUCAUACACUGUAUCACACGGAUUGUAAUGUCCUACUUGGAGCACCUACUGGAUCGGGAAAGACUGUUGCAGCUGAAUUAGCCAUUUUCAGAGUCUUCAACAAUUACCCUACUUCAAAGGUCUGUAGUAGCUUCCAGAAACUGCUUGGAAGGCAUUUUGCAUGUAAAUUAUUUAAGAAAAAGCAGAAGUUCUUUGAAAAACAUGAUGUGGGAGUUAUUGAACUAACAGGGGAUGUGACUCCUGAUAUGAAAUCCAUUGCCAAGGCUGACCUUAUCGUCACUACGCCAGAGAAGUGGGAUGGAGUCAGCAGAAGCUGGCAAAAUAGGAGCUAUGUUCAGCAAGUCACUAUUCUUAUCAUAGAUGAGAUCCAUCUGCUUGGGGAGGAAAGAGGCCCUGUUCUAGAGGUCAUUGUAUCUCGAACAAAUUUUAUCUCAUCACACACAGAAAAGCCUGUUAGAAUAGUUGGACUGUCUACUGCAUUAGCUAAUGCCAGAGACCUUGCUGACUGGCUCAAUAUUAAGCAGAUGGGCUUGUUUAACUUCCGACCAUCAGUACGCCCAGUUCCACUGGAAGUUCACAUUCAGGGCUUUCCAGGUCAACAUUACUGUCCUCGUAUGGCUAGUAUGAACAAGCCUGCAUUUCAGGCAAUUAGAAGCCACUCUCCCGCCAAACCUGUUUUGAUAUUUGUCUCAUCAAGACGUCAAACUCGUCUUACUGCUUUGGAAUUGAUCGCCUUCCUGGCUACUGAAGAAGAUCCAAAGCAGUGGUUAAACAUGGAUGAAAGAGAGAUGGAGAACAUCAUUGCAACAGUAAGAGAUUCUAACCUCAAGCUGACACUUGCUUUCGGAAUAGGAAUGCAUCAUGCUGGACUACAUGAGAGGGAUCGAAAAACAGUGGAGGAACUAUUUGUAAACUGCAAAGUUCAGGUUCUUAUUGCUACAAGCACAUUAGCCUGGGGUGUAAACUUUCCAGCUCAUUUAGUGAUUAUUAAGGGAACAGAAUACUAUGAUGGAAAAACAAGACGUUAUGUGGAUUUUCCCAUUACAGAUGUCCUCCAGAUGAUGGGGCGUGCUGGGAGGCCGCAGUUUGAUGACCAAGGCAAAGCUGUAAUUCUAGUUCAUGACAUAAAGAAAGACUUUUAUAAAAAAUUUCUUUAUGAACCUUUCCCAGUAGAAUCAAGUUUAUUAGGAGUGCUCUCUGACCACUUAAAUGCAGAGAUUGCUGGUGGUACAAUUACAUCUAAGCAAGAUGCAUUGGAUUAUAUCACCUGGACUUACUUUUUCCGGCGUCUUAUCAUGAAUCCCAGCUACUACAAUUUGGGUGAUGUGAGCCAUGAUUCUGUGAACAAGUUUCUGUCCCAUCUGAUUGAGAAGUCCCUGAUUGAAUUGGAACUUUCCCACUGUAUUGAAAUUGGAGAGGAUAAUCGCAGCAUUGAACCUCUAACUUAUGGCCGAAUUGCCUCCUAUUACUAUUUGAAGCAUCAAACGGUUAAAAUGUUCAAGGACCGCUUGAAGCCUGAAUGCAGUACUGAAGAAUUGCUUUCAAUUUUAAGUGAUGCAGAAGAGUAUACAGAUUUACCCGUGAGACACAAUGAAGAUCAUAUGAAUAGUGAACUGGCAAAAUGUCUUCCCAUUGAGUUAAAUCCUCAUUCAUUUGACAGCCCUCACACCAAAGCACAUCUCCUACUACAGGCACAUCUCAGCCGAGCCAUGCUACCCUGCCCAGAUUAUGACACUGAUACCAAAACAGUCUUGGACCAAGCUCUCAGAGUAUGUCAGGCAAUGCUGGACGUGGCUGCAAACCAGGGCUGGCUGGUGACUGUCCUGAAUAUCACCAAUCUGAUUCAGAUGGUGAUCCAGGGUCGGUGGUUAAAGGACUCUUCUCUUCUUACACUACCAAACAUAGAAAACCAUCAUCUUCACCUUUUCAAGAAAUGGAAGCCAGUUAUGAAGGGCCCACAUGCUAGGGGUCGGACCUCCAUCGAGUGCCUUCCCGAACUGAUCCAGGCCUGUGGAGGUAAAGACCAUGUAUUUAGCUCCAUGGUAGAAAGUGAGCUACAUGCUGCAAAAACGAAACAGGCAUGGAAUUUCUUAUCUCACUUGCCAGUGAUAAAUGUUGGCAUAAGUGUUAAAGGCUCGUGGGAUGACUUAGUUGAAGGACAUAAUGAACUCUGUGUCUCAACUCUGACUGCAGACAAACGAGAUGACAACAAAUGGAUCAAAUUGCAUGCUGACCAAGAGUAUGUGCUUCAAGUCAGCUUGCAGAGAGUCCACUUUGGGUUCCACAAGGGAAAGCCAGAGAGCUGUGCAGUUACUCCUCGGUUUCCCAAAUCAAAAGAUGAAGGAUGGUUUUUGAUAUUAGGAGAAGUGGAUAAGAGAGAACUUAUUGCUUUGAAAAGAGUAGGAUAUAUUCGAAAUCAUCAUGUUGCUUCCCUUUCUUUUUAUACCCCUGAAAUACCUGGAAGGUAUAUUUACACAUUAUAUUUCAUGAGUGACUGCUACCUUGGCCUGGACCAGCAGUAUGACAUCUAUCUCAACGUUACACAAGCGAGCCUUUCUACACAGGUCAACACCAAGGUCUCUGAUGCCCUGACUGACCUGGCAUUAAAGUAACCUGACCUGAACAAUCCAUUUGAAAGGAGUGGCUAAGAAUUCUCAUUGUUCAGUCAUCUAGACAACAUCGAAUUACUUGAUGUUUGCCUUGAAAGGAUCAACUUCUAACCUCAGCCAUCCAGGAAAUUGACAGUGGCUGCAGUAUUGACUCCAGUGACAUAAAGUUAACCACAGUGGCCUUUUAACAAAUGUUGCCUUUUAUAAUGUUAUCUUCAUGAGUUUCUUGAUAUGUGAGAUGAAAAAGCAUGUAGAAUAAUCUUUUAAUUUGUGUAUAUUUGAGGUGAUAUUUAGGAGCUAUCAAAUUUUACAUCUCACAAUGUACUGUUUACAUGAAUAUUGGCUUUUUCUUUUUUAAGGAAAACUGCAUUGAGGUGUGACAAGUGUUAGGACUUGUCACAGAUUUCUAACUCUGCCACAUAAAAUAUAAAUAUAAACCUGUAAGGUGAUACACAGUGUGUGUUGUUAGCAAAAUUUAUACUUUGAUAUGAUUACAUGCAGAAGUAGCUUCAAGAAUUUCUUAUACUCAUAAAUGUUUUAAUAAUACGUGAUGUAAAAUUAUAUUAUGGAGCCUAAUGAUGAUAACAAAGAAAACAGAAUAUACUGAUCUUAGAAAAUGUAGAUACAGUUAACUGGGAAAUAAAAUAUAGAGUGACACUUCAAGACCAGUUGACUCAAUGUUUUCUUCUGCUUCCUUUCCAUAAUAUCCCCUUACUCAUCUGUUCUUCUUUUCUUUCCCUUCUACUUCAAGGCUUUAUUUCCAUUAUCUUUCUGACAUAUUUAUUUACACAAGGAGAGAAGUAUAAUCUAAUUCAUGUUGUAACACUUACAGAUCAUAUAGUACAAUUAUUUGUCUUUAUGCUGUCCUGGACAAAUCUGAGACAGAAAAUUUUUGACCCCUGUGGGUCAAAGAAAAUUUCUCUAUGUGCAAACAAA